AUGGAUAGGGCGAUCAGGAAUGGAAGAUUAAGAGCAGGCAGGAGUGAGAAGUCGGUGGUCAGAAGCGUUGGGUUUCGUCUGCACAAAGAAGGAGGAGGCAGCACUAGCACAUCGACGGAAGCCAUUGGGACGAUCGUGGAUCACUUCCAAAGAAUGUACGAGGAUGUGAAUGGUCCGAUACUCACAGAUGAUCCAAGCACUGAGAUUGACCAGGUUACUGGAGAGGAGGUGAAGGAAGCGCGACUAAGAAGAUCAAAGGAGGUUGGAAUGUGGGAGAAGAUGGAACCAGGGCAAUGGUGA